AUGACUAAAAAUUCUAAUCUCUUCUUGAUUAUCGCUUUAAUUUUGGUUUAUUCUCAUCCUCUACUGGAGCUUCAACGACAAUUCUUAAAAAGCGCGACAGUUGGCCACAAGUCUCAGCAUGUGCAACUUAUAAAAUUGAUCCAGAAUGUUUUCUUUUCGGUGAAUUCACUUUUACACAACUUCCAUCAAAAUCACUCUCCAUCUACUCCGAUCAAAGUUUUGAAGCCGAGAUUCACAGUCAAUGUACCACUAGGUGGAAGUUCUCCUAUUCAAUUGGAUGUAUACGACAUUGCUCUUCAAUCCGAUUUAGAUUCUGGCGUGAAAAAUGUUCUUGACGCUUGGUUUAGAAUUUCUGAUCCUAGUACUUUCUUGUGCAGCGCUCUAAUUGCUCCUUCGUAG